AUGGCGCCCAAGAAGAAGCGCGGGCUCAGCGCGGGACGCCGGCCAGGCACGACGGGCGAGAGCGCGGAGCCGCUGUCGGAGCGCGUGCAGUAUCUGCAGCGCGAGUACACGAUGCUCACCGAGCAGCUGGAAGCCUGCGAGGAGCGCUUAGACCUUGUGCAGCAGGAGAACGCCUUCCUGGACCGCGAGGCUCUGCGCCUGCGUGAGGAGAACCGGCUCUACGCCAGCUACGUGAGCGCGCGCGCGCUGCGCUGCGCCACCGCCAUCGUGCGGCUGGACGAGCAGAACCGCGUGGACCUGGCGCAGCUCCACUGGCAGCGAGCCGAGAUGGCCUCGCUUUACCACGGGCGCGAGGACAGCGUGCGCGCGCAGCUGCUGGAGAUGGAGGCGCGCGCGGCGAAGAUGGCACGCCAGGUGCAGGAGCUGCAGCCCUACAAGGAGCUGCAGCUGGAGCAGCUGGCGCGGAUCCGGGCGCUGGAGCGGGAGCUUCUGCACAUGCGCGUGGAGCACACGCAGCUGCUGCACCGCGUGAAGGGGCGCUUCCUGGAGGACAAGGCGGCCUUCGAGCGCGAGGCGCGCCUGCGCGUGCAGUCCCUGGCGCGGCGCGCCGAGCGGGAGGCCGCGCGCGCGCUCAUCGCGCACACACAGGCCAUCAAGGCGGAUAACUGGCGCCUGCGGCAGGAGUUGCUGCGGCUGCUCCGCCGAGCCCAGGUGCUGCACGACACGCGGCGCCAGCUGCUGGAGAAGCGCGAGCAGCUGCGGCGCGAGCACGAGGACACGCGAGACCUGGCGCGCGUGCACGGCUGGCUGCGGCGGGGCCCCGGGGGCCCACCGCUGUGGCAGGCACAGCCCUCCUCCACUCGGUCCAGUUCACGGCCCGGGUCCCUUGCAGCUGCCACGAGCAAGUCACGCUCGGGCUCUCGGCCCCCGUCCGUGGCUUCUUCGCGGGUGGGCUCCCGGGUCCAGUCGCGCGCAGGCUCGCGGACCUCGUCCCUGGUGCCAUUGCGCGCGGGCUCUCGGGCCCCGUCUGUGGUGCCGUCUCGCGAGGGCUCGCAGGGCCUGUCCCGGGAGCCGUCGUCGCAGGAGAGCUCCCGGGUCUCCUCGCCGUCCAUGUCUGGUGCGGUCUCCCAGGACGCCAACUCCCCUGAGGAGUCCUGCCUCAAGUGUUCCGGUUUGUCCCAGGCUCUGGCUCCGUGCUCCCCAGGGUCGAAGGAGACCGUGAACACCGACACCACCUCAGAAGCCGCCUCGGGAGGAACAUGA